AAAUUAUUCAUUACUGCGGCUCCUAACGACCUAAUGCUAGUCUCUUUCUCUCUCACGUUGCCACUUCUUUCAGUUCCUUAACCUUUUCUUCCUACUCCUAGGAUCCGAUUCUCUCUCUUCCCACAAUUCAUCCCUUUCUUCUCUAGAAAAUCACUCUCAAACCCUAAUUCUUUAACCUGGUUUCUCUCUCUCUCUCUCUCUCUUCAUAUUUGAUUUCUCAGUUUCAAAUCGAAUUGGUUGUCCGCAUGCUGUUUCGUAAAAGAUGGUUCCAUGGGGCGGAAUCACAUGCUGUUUGAGUUCAGCCGCUCUCUAUCUUCUUGGAAGGAGCAGUGGGAGGGAUGCAGACGUUCUCAAAUCCGUUAGCCGAGUCGAUCAGUUGAAGGAUUUGGCGCAGUUACUCGAUACAACAUGCAAAGUUGUGCCUUUGGUUGUCACAGUUUCUGGAAGAGUUGGUUCAGAGACACCAAUCAAUUGCGAGUAUAGUGGUCUACGGGGUGUAAUUGUGGAGGAAACGGCAGAGCAACACUUUUUGAAACACAAUGAUGCCGGUUCCUGGAUACAGGAUUCUGCUAUGAUGCUUUCCAUGUGUAAAGAGGUUCCCUGGUACCUGGAUGAUGGAACUGGACGUUUAUUUGUUGUUGGAGCCCGAAAUGCCACAGGUUUGGUAUUAACAGUUGGAAGUGAAGUAUUUGAGGAGUCUGGGCGAUCCCUUGUACGUGGAACAUUAGACUAUCUCCAAGGUCUUAAGAUGCUUGGAGUCAAGAGGGUUGAACGGGUUCUUCCAACUGGUACAGCGUUGACUGUUGUUGGUGAGGUUAUUAAAGAUGACGUUGGAACUAUUCGGAUUCAGCAACCCUACAAAGGCCCAUUUUAUGUCUCCCAUAAAACUAUUGACCAGCUCAUUGCAAAUCUUGGGAAAUGGGCUAGGUGGUAUAAGUAUGCGUCUCUGGGGUUGACUGUGUUUGGUUUUUAUCUGAUUGCAAAACAUGCUUUUCAAUAUUUCAUGGAGAGAAAGCGCCAUUCGGAGUUGCGAAAGAGGGUUCUUGAUGCUGCUGCUAAAAGACCAGGGCGAGAUAAUGAAGAUGGCAAUGCUGAGAAUGCAUCAGACAGUACUAGAAAAGAUUGCCUAAUGCCAGAUUUAUGUGUGAUAUGCCUAGAGCAGGAGUACAAUUCAGUUUUUGUUCCGUGUGGUCAUAUGUGCUGUUGUACAUUGUGCUCAUUGCACUUAACAAACUGUCCACUCUGCCGGCGACGGAUAGACCAGGUAGUGAAGACAUUUCGCCAUUGAACUAGGUUUUGAGGUUGGAUAGCCACCAUCGACUAGGACACCUGAAAGCUGAAGCUUGGGGUGGAUUUGAAUGUCUGAAUCCCGCUUUAUGAUGGCAAUGGAACUUGGUUACAUAGUUCAAGAUUCUUAUUGGAUACACAGUAUGGCCAUUGCAUGUUGAAGUUUUCGAAGUUCUUUUUCUUUGAGAAAUUUUACGAGUACAGUUGACUUAUAUGCAGAUUAUCGACAGGCUCUUCUGGAAUUUUCUCUUACCUUUGUGAACUAUGUACAGUGGAUGUCUUUCUAAAGUUGAUGUGAUUUAUGUCUAUAAGCCUUCUUUGUCGCUCCUUUUCUGUUUGCUCAUGUUUCUGUGCUCUCAUUUGGUGUUGAAUAGCCUGUGGCAGAGUCUAGUUUGUU